UGCGGACGCUGGUCGUUUCGUAUUUACCCGCCACCCUUCUUGGCCAUCUGUCAUGCGGCUGAGGGAACUGGGUGUCGUAUGAUUACUCUUCCCCUCUAACCACACCAAUGUCACAUAUAUGGCACCGCUAGAAUUGCGCUUUGAAUUUUGAUAGCUUGUCCCAAGGGUCUUUUUCAGUGGUAGAGCUCGAUGGAAUCGAAGCUGUACUCUCGGUGCCACCCUCCUAAUUUCUGUCCGAAUUUUGGCUUUUCCGCUGUCAAUCUUACAGUCAAUCUUACUGCAAAUAUUAAACUCCCUCUAACUUCCAAGAACGGACUUCACCGGGGUUCUCUGAAGCUUGGCUUUCGAUCUAGUUUGCGCUUUGUUCCUUACAAGUCGGUAUUGGUUCAGGAUUCGACUGGGUCUUCGACGAAUGAAAAAGGAGAUGAGGAAGAAGCUUUGGGUUCUGUGGGACCUACUUACGUGCCCACACCUCCUAAUCGAGCGCUUCGGACUCCUCAUAGCGGUUAUCAUUUUGAUGGGACUACUCGGAAAUUCUUUGAAGGAUGGUACUUCAAGGUGUCGAUUCCGGAACGAAGGCAGUCCUUUUGCUUCAUGUAUUCUGUGGAAAAUCCUGCAUUUACUAAGAAAUUGACGCCGCUGGAAGCGGCCCAAUAUGGACCGAGAUUUACGGGAGUUGGGGCUCAAAUUCUCGGAGCUAACGACAAGUACAUUUGCCAAUACUCUGAAGAAUCACAGAACUUCUGGGGAAACAGGCAUGAGCUUAUGCUGGGGAACACUUUCACGGAGAAACAAAACUUAACACCUCCGAACUCGGAGGUUCCGCCUCAGGAAUUUACAAAAAGGGUGUCAGAAGGUUUUCAAGUUACUCCGCUCUGGCAUCAAGGUUUCAUCUGUGAUGAUGGAAGGUCAGAUUAUGUGGAAACAGUGAAAACUGCUCGUUGGGAGUAUAGCACACGCCCAGUUUAUGGUUGGGGUGAUGUGGGAUCUACACAGAAGUCUACUGCUGGCUGGCUUGCAGCUUUUCCUGUUUUUGAACCACAUUGGCAAAUAUGCAUGGCUGGUGGACUUUCUUCGGGAUGGAUAGAAUGGGACGGUGAAAUGAUUGAGUUUGAUAAUGCCCCAUCUUAUUCAGAAAAGAACUGGGGCGGAGGAUUCCCUAGAAAAUGGUUUUGGGUGCAAUGUAAUGUUUUUGAGGGUGCUAGUGGAGAAAUUGCCCUCACUGCGGCUGGUGGGUUGAGGCAAAUUCCUGCACUUACAGAGAAUUUUGAAAAUGCUGCAUUGAUUGGAGUUCACUAUGGGGGGAUUUUUUAUGAAUUUGUCCCAUGGAAUGGUGUUGUUAAUUGGGAAAUUGCUCCUUGGGGUUAUUGGUUUAUGUCAGCCGACAAUGGGAGGCAUGUGGUUGAAUUAGAGGCAACAACAGAGGAUCCAGGUACUGUAUUGCGUGCUCCAACAGCAGAAUCUGGUUUUUCCCAAGCGUGUAAAGAUACUUGUUUUGGUAUGCUAAAGCUACAAAUGUGGGAAAGAAGAUAUGAUGGCAGCAAGGGAAAGACAAAGGAUUGCCUUGAUACAAAUACAAAUUUUUGCCUGGCUGGCGAUCUCACUUCUCAGAAACUUGGGUCUAGAAUAUGGCGAUGCUCCAUUGGUCUGCCCAUGUGAACAUGUGAACAAAGGAAUCGGAGACUGGAUGGUUAUUUUAACUGAAAUUUUCUGAAUCGUUCCCUCUUGUAGUGCACGGGCACUUGUAUGUUCUCACUUGCCAAUGUGCCUGCCUCUCUGCUGGCUAGAACUUCAACUAAGGUUACUUUGAUAUUAGGCCCUCGUGUUUCUUGCAUCUCUACAAUUUCUGACAGAUUUCAAGGUUUAUGGAAUGUUAUGUGUUAAGAGAUCUAAUACAAAGAUACAGAGAACAAUUCUCAUGCAAGAUAACAUUACGCAAGUAAAUUGAGCUUCAAAGUCCAGUGUUUCACAUGAACAUAUUGUAUACAGCGUUCAAAUACAAAUAUUUCGAGUUAA